AUGGCGCCGCGUCGGACUCCGCGCCUCGCCGGCGGUCAGGGGAACACCGAGUCUGGGCGAGAGAGGCCGGGCGCCGUGAGUUUCGCGGACGUGGCCGUGUACUUCUCCCCGGAGGAAUGGGGAUGUCUGCGGCCAGCGCAGAGGGCCCUGUACCGGGACGUGAUGCGGGAGACGUACGGCCACCUGGGCGCGCUCGGAUUCGCAGGCUCCAAACCGGCCCUCAUCUCCUGGCUGGAGAGAAAGAAGGAGGUGUGGAGCCCCGAGGCCGAGGAUCCUGAGGACGGGGCGAGGCACCCAGGAUCUGGGCUAGAAAGCAAGCAAAAGAACGAACCCAGCAGCAAAAUCAGGCCCAAGGAGCCUGAGGAUGCCCUUGUGAAGAACGUGCCAUCAGUGAGGGCCAGGCUGGUUCCUAGUUUCAGGGACUGCAGCCGACCGUUGCCUCAGCUGUCCACAGACACGGGACAGCCGUGCUCCGAGACUCUCAAGAGGCCCUACGCCUGCCUGGAAUGCAGCCGUUCUUUUAGCUAUCCCUCCCUCCUAGCCAGCCACCAGCGGGUCCACUCAGGGGAGCGACCCUUUCCCUGUGACCGUUGCGGACGUUGCUUCCGCCAAAGAGGCAACCUGGCUGUCCACAUGCGUGUACAUACAGGGGAGAAGCCCUUCCCCUGCCCAGACUGUGGGAGGCUCUUUGCCUACCCCUCGAUGCUGGUCAGGCAUCGGCGAAUCCACUCCGGAGACCGUCCAUAUGUCUGUGGGCCUUGUGGGGUCCAGUUCUCCCAGAGGGCUCACCUCGUCCAGCACCAGCUGCUUCAUACAGGGGACAAGCCUUAUUCGUGUCCAGAUUGCGGCCGCUGCUUCCGCCAGACGGGGGCCCUGGCUAUCCAUAGACACAGACAUGGUGGGGAGAAGCCAUACGUGUGCACCGAGUGUGGACGCCACUUUACACACCCUUCCCUCUUGGCUAUACACCAGCACACCCAUACUAGGAAGAAGCCCCAUAUCUGUUCUGACUGUGGUCAGGGCUUCGCCUACCCCUCCCUCUUGACCAAUCACCAGCGAGUCCACUCUGGGGAGAAGCCCUACUCCUGCCCUGAGUGUGGGCACCGAUUUACCUCUUCCUGUGUCCUCAACAGCCACAGGCGCAUCCAUUCUGUCGAGAGGCCCUUCCCUUGUUUCCAGUGUGGGAAAACCUUUAAACGAAAGAGUGCCCUGGAAGCCCACCAAUGGAUCCAUCGUCCAGGCGGGGCAAGUCAGAGGGGUGACAGACCUCUGUUACCACCCCCAACCCAGGCCUCCAUUCCUGAGGGUCAGGAACCAUCAGUACACUUCCGCCAUUUUCCCGAUGUGUUCAAGUAG